AUGUUUACAGCUGACAUUAUCUCAACAGUUGAAUUUAAUUACUCUGGCGAUCUUCUUGCAACAGGAGACAAAGGUGGCAGAGUGGUUAUAUUUCAAAGGGAACCAGAGAAUAAAAGCCGUCCUCAUUCAAGGGGAGAGUAUAAUGUUUACAGUACCUUUCAAAGUCAUGAACCUGAGUUUGACUACUUGAAAAGUCUAGAAAUUGAGGAAAAGAUUAAUAAAAUUAGGUGGUUACCACAACAGAAUGCUGCUCACUUCUUAUUAUCUACAAACGAUAAAACUAUUAAAUUAUGGAAAAUCAGUGAAAGGGAUAAGAGAGCUGAAGGUUAUAACUUGAAAGAUGAAGAUGGAAGACUUCGGGAUCCAUUUAGAAUCACAGCAUUGAGGGUGCCAAUCUUGAAACCCAUGGACUUAAUGGUAGAAGCAAGUCCCCGAAGGAUAUUUGCAAAUGCACACACAUACCACAUAAACUCUAUUUCAGUUAAUAGUGAUCAUGAAACAUACCUUUCUGCAGAUGACCUAAGAAUCAACCUGUGGCAUUUAGAAAUCACAGAUAGAAGUUUCAACAUUGUAGAUAUAAAGCCUGCUAACAUGGAGGAAUUGACAGAGGUGAUAACUGCGGCAGAGUUCCACCCCCAUCAUUGUAACGUGUUUGUCUACAGCAGUAGCAAAGGAACUAUACGGCUUUGUGAUAUGCGCUCUUCAGCCCUCUGCGAUAGACAUUCUAAAUUCUUUGAGGAGCCAGAAGAUCCCAGCAGCAGAUCGUUCUUUUCAGAAAUAAUUUCCUCAAUAUCAGAUGUAAAAUUCAGUCACAGUGGUCGAUACAUGAUGACCAGAGACUACCUUUCAGUUAAAGUAUGGGAUCUCAACAUGGAAAAUAGGCCUGUGGAGACAUAUCAGGUUCACGAGUAUCUCCGAAGCAAACUUUGUUCACUGUAUGAGAAUGACUGCAUCUUUGACAAGUUUGAAUGCUGCUGGAAUGGUUCUGAUAGCGCUAUUAUGACGGGCUCCUACAACAAUUUCUUCAGGAUGUUUGAUCGGAACACCCGGCGAGACAUUACCUUGGAGGCGUCGAGAGAGAGCAGCAAACCCCGUGCCAUCUUGAAACCUCGAAAGGUGUGCACAGGCGGAAAGAGGAAGAAGGAUGAAAUAAGUGUUGACAGUCUGGACUUCAACAAGAAGAUCCUCCAUACAGCGUGGCACCCUGCAGAAAACAUCAUUGCCGUGGCCGCCACCAAUAACUUGUAUAUAUUCCAGGACAAAAUUAAUUAAAGACGGCUUAUUCGAGGACAAACUUGUCGCCUUGCAUAGUUAAGCCCAGUUGUUUAUCUGUCAGAGAGAUGGCCUUGUUGUCCUCCCAGUAAAGAACAUUGAUGCACUUAUUUCCCUUUAUAGGUAAAGGAGAGCAGCUGGCCUGGAUUUGAGUUCAUGGUGUAUUUCUGCCUUCAGUGAGGGAGAACGUGGAAUUUAAUUUUUGUAAACGAAAUAAGCCCACUAGAAGCAGAAUUGAUGGACAAUACUCAAUAAAGGCCAAUAUUCAAAACAAAUGUAUUUAUUUAAGUCUGAGCCUUCCUUUCCAGUUGAUAGACCAAAAAGAAAAAGAAAAUCUAACACCCAAGAAACAAAUUGUCAUAACAUGUAAUUUCUAUCUCACGUGCUCUUUAUCUGCUGUAAUAUUUGGGCCUUUCAAAACAUAUAUUUGUGCUUUAUGCCUGUAAACAUUCUUUCUCUGGCCUUCAUCUAAGCUUUAGGUGUUUCUACCUUUGAGCAAUAUAGGUAAGUCUAGAAUUGGGUGCAUAGACAGGUUUUUCAUGUAUAUUACUCACCAACUGUAUCUAUAACCACACCUUCUGGUGUAAACCACUUAAUAAAAAUAACAAACUAUAAAAAGUGUUUUUAAAUCUGAAAGUAUGUAUUCAGUCUUUUUUAUUGCAUGUAUUGAGAUUGUGCAAAAUAUCUCUAAUGGAAAGAUUUGAAAAUAGUUUGUCCCGAAAAUAUUGAUUUUUGACAGUAUAAGCAGUUUCUUGUGAUAUCUGCUGCUUCAAACUCUAAACUUAAUUUUUCCUCAU